UCAAACUUGGUACGAUUGAUUAUCUCUAUGAGGAGUAUAAACUGUGGAGAAAUGGAUUUUCUAUCAUUUACCAUACUUGAGAUAUUCCCAUUAAUUACUUAGCCAAAGUGGCCAAAUUACCCCGCCUUGCCCUAAUGCUCCACUAAUCGAUGGAAAAGAGUUAAUUUUUCCCAACAAAUACAUAAUAAAUAAGGUCAUAUUCAAGAGCUGUUCCAAUUCUUUUUCUAAUGAUUAAAUAUUUGCUAAUCUAUCGACGGAAAAUUGUAAUUCUCUCGCACCUUGUUUGCCUACACAACAAACAACAGCAGGAGCAACAUAUUUUGCACAAUCUAUUCUUGUUUAGGCGCUAUGGGAACGCACAUUGUUACAUCAUACAUCCAAUUAUGCAGGAAAAGCAGGAAAGGAAGUCAGAGGUGAAAAAAAAUCCAGGAGUGAAGGAUGAGAAAGAAAUUGAAUUUUCACCGGAAGAAUAUGCUGCAGUGUGCAGGAAGAGGUACUACAGAGCAAGGUUGCACCAUCAGGAGGAGUAUUUGGAGGAGUUGCAGCUACUGGAGGAGAGUCAACCGUCUGCAUAUGAGGCAAUGCGCUUCCAUAGGAAUUUUGCCGUGACCACAAUCUGGCCACCACUGCAUCGGGACGUGGAGCUCGUGCUCAAGCACACGCAUCGAUACACCGGGAAGGAUGAUGCACGACUCAAGGAACUCCUAAAGUACAGACAAUGCUGAAAUCGUAGCAAUGUGGGUAGUUUUUUUGUUAAAAAUCAAGGCUAGAAGAUGCCACAGACACCACGAUCAUGCCGCAUGAGUGACUUCAACAGUGUCUUCUACAGUGGAGGUAGUAAACCUCUGGAGAGAUGGGGCAGCAGCCAACUCCAGACUGGGCAUGGAAAGAUAAUAACCGACAAAGACAUUCGGGGAUUCGUCUUUGAGCUCGUCAGUACAAAUGUUGCCACCGCCUACAUCUACAUCCCCCAGCAACCUGGACAAUCCCUGAAGAUUAAAUGGCCCUUUGUGACGCUCCAACUUCGGAAUCUCAAGAGAUAUUUUGCAUUUGAAAUUCAAGUAAUUCUUUCCCAAUAAUUCCUCACCAAUUGCGAAUAAAAAAUGAUUUUUUUAAAGGUUCUCGAUGAUCAGGGAAUUCAUCGAAGGCUCACAUUUGCCAAUUACCAGAGAAGAACAAAAGUGAGCAUGUUCUGUACGCAAAUGCCACUCUUUCUGGCUCCCGGAUGGAAUCAAAUUCAACUCAAUUUAGCUGAAUACAUGCGCAGGGCCUACGGUACGGGGUACGUGGAGACAAUUGGAAUAAAAAUUCAUGCAAAUACUCGCCUCCGAAGGAUUUACUUCACACCACGACUCUUUGCGGAUGAGGAAAAACCUUCCUGCUUCCGGGUACGCGUUUUUCCUCCAAUGUACCGGGAGAUGAGAACGAAUUUGUACGGGCAGAUUGAGACGGAACAUCAGCAAAGCCCCAGAUCAGAGACUUCCGUGAAAACUCGAUCAUCUCGAACAUAUUCCAUCAUGAGUUGCACUUCCUGAAUUUGGAUUUUUUUUUAAUUUUCAGCAAAUCAGGCAAAAUUGGCAGUUGGAAUAAAAUUCCAAAUUUGUAAAUUAUUCUUACCGAAAUCCAAGCCAAGUUUACAAUAAAGCUUUUUCUUGUUACUUUCUUUGA